AAGACCAUAAGAUGAGGACAGCUUUUCAAAUAUUUCUAACACUUAUGCUCAGAACUGUUAUAAAUGUAUCCUGCUCUACGUUGAACGAUGUGAGUAACUUAUAUACAACGUUAUUACAGAACUACAAUUCAGAAGUAAGACCAGGUGACAACCAGUUUUUACCUACAAAUGUCAAUGUAACUUUUAAUUUAGUCGCCAUUCAGGAAUUUGAUGAAGUAGAUGGCAAAUUCGCGGUGAUUGGAUUUUUCGAAGUCACUUGGGUUGAUUCAAGAAUGGCAUGGAAUCCCUUAGACUAUAAUUAUACGUACACGAUGCUUUUCUCACAGGAUAUAGUGUGGAAACCAACUUUGUUAAGUAUUAAUCCUUUCAGCAAAAUUGACCAACUUGGAAAGGACUUCAUGACAGUUAGAUAUUAUCACAACGGCUUUGCAUAUUGGUCACCAGGUGAAAUUCUGAGCAGUUCUUGUAGUGUUGACGUCACAUAUUUCCCUUUUGAUCAACAAACUUGUUUUAUUACCCUGAUGUCAUGGGGAACAUGGCCAAAUGAAAUUCUAUUGCAAUCACCACUUACUAAUUUUAAAAUGGGAUUUUAUUCAGAACAUGGAACAUGGCAAAUUUCGUCAACUUCUGCAGUAGAUAGUACAUCUAAUGGUAUGUCGGUAAUUAAUCUAUCGGUAACAAUGGAAAGACGCCCUGCUUUUUUUGUAGUAAAUAUUGUACUUCCGGUUAUGUUCCUAAUGGCGUUAAAUUGUUGUGUUUUCAUUUUGCCGCCGGAAUCGGGAGAAAGAGUAUCAUAUUCUAUUACUGUGUUACUAGCAAUAGCUGUGUUUAUGACAUUGACCGGGGAUAAUUUACCGAAAACAUCCAAACCAAUGUCGUUGCUUAGUUACUUUUUAAUGUCAGACCUCGUUUUCAGUGCUAUAAUUUGCCUGAUUACUAUGUUGGGGUUAAGACUUCAUUUUAAGGAUGACAACCACAUGGUUCCUUCCUAUCUAAAGCGAUUAGUAUUUUGUUGUAAAUGCUUAUCAAACAAGAAACCUAAAAACGACGUUAGACCAUUCUCUACCGAUGAAAAGAUACAACAAUUUUCGGGUAUUAAUAGAAAAGACAAUAUAGCUACCGACCGAGAUGUUUCUUGGAGAGAUGUUUCUAAGGCACUUGACACAAUACUUUUAUGGAUUUCAAUUGGUGGACUUGUGAUCAGUAUAAUUUCAUUUUUUAUUAUUCUAAAAAAGUUGGUCUGACUAUUUCAUGUUAACUUGAAGUCUAUAAAAUUUGAUUAUUGUU